AUGGCUGCAUUGAAAAUGAAACCAGACUGGUCUGAGCUCCUAACUGAGCUUCUGAAUCUGAUAUCGCAACGAAUCACCACCGAAAUCGAUCUCAUUCGCUUUCGAUCAGUUUGUUCCAAUUGGCGUUCUUCUUCCAUCCGAAAUCAUUUUCACAUUUCACCAUUCAACGUUCCACUCCUCCAAUACAUUGAUUCCAUCAUCAUCAACAACAACAACAACAACUAUGGCACCAUCCCUAUUUCCUUCUAUUACCUCUCCAAACAUAGUUUCUACCUCAUCAAACCAUCACAGGAACAAGAACAAGAACAAGAAAACUAUCCUUGGUUGAUUAGAGUUACCCAAAGCUCAUGUGGCAAUACCGAAAUAUCUCAAUCCUCCUUCCUCUCAACUGAUUCUUUUGAUUACCCAUUCGACAUACUCGACUUCAACGAACUCUCCAUCCAGUUAGUGGCGGGAGAUUGUUUCUUGUUGCCCGACGAAGACAUGCUAAGGUAUUAUAACAUCUGCGUGUUUAAAGGGAGGAUUUACAAAGUAAUUGACAAAACUGGUAGGACAAUUACUGUUGGACCGGAGGAUGACCCUAAAGCCCAGUUAGCGGCUGAACCAUUGGUUGAUUGUGGGCCAGAGGAUAACAAGAAAUUCUUAGUGGAGAGCGAGGGUGAGUUGCUGUUAGUUGACAUUGAUCCUGUUCCUGUUGAUUUAAAGAUUCGUUUGUUUAGACUUGAUGAGAAGGAGAGGAAGUGGGUGAAGUUCGAGAAGAAUUUAAGAGAUAGGGUUUUGUUCAUAGGGACAAAAUAUUCCUUUUCUGCCUCUGCCUCAGAUUUGUGUGUUCCUAAAGGGAAUUGUAUCAUCUUUAUUGAUGAAAUCUUCUCUGAGGAUAGAUUAAGUAUUGUUCACUUGGAUCAAGAUCGUCAGCUUUGGCCUUUGUGCAAUCAUCCUGAAUAUUACGACUUGUUCUGGCCCCCUCCGAAGUGGAUCAUCAAAAGCCAGCUUCACUAA